AUGCAAGCCGUACAGAUGUACGUGCAGCAGUACAGCGCGGAGGGUCUGCAGAAUGAACUCAUCCGUGUCAUUGACAUACUCGGUUACAUGGUUGCCUUUUAUAUCGUCUUCAUCGUGAAAGGGCCGACGUACCUGCAGCGCUUCGUUGGCGGCACUCACGCCGCGCCACACUCAGCCGCAGCAAGCGAGGCGCAUGUGACGAACGGCGGCACACCGUUUAAGCGCAGCGCAGCAGUUGUGAUGCUCGACAAGUUCAUGCUUGUGUUGUACACACUGAUGGCGCUCAUGUCUGCGGUGACGCUGACACAGAUUGUGCCGGUGUGGCUCGCGGCGGCGCGGCAGUGCGGCUUCUACGAGGCCACGUGCGUCUGGGACGACGCGCUGAUCUUCCGCGGCCCCGUCGGCCUGUGGCUGGGCGCCUACACGCUCAGCAAGGUGCCUGCGCUGCUCGACGUGAUGCUCCGUGUCCUGCGGAACCACUUGUGCGGUGCCGCCAAAGCGACGCACCCGCAGCACCAGCCGGUGCUCUUCGGCGAGUGGUACUACCAGUCGAUGAUCCUCGUCUACUGCUGGCACACGUUCAGCCUCGGCAUGAGUUUCUUCGUCGUGCUCGUCAUGUGCAACGCGGUGGCGCAGGGUGUAGUGUACGCGUGCAAGGCGCGGCGGGCGGCUGCUGCUGCUGCUGCUGCUGGACGAUGCCCCCGCCUGGACGCGUGCAUCGUCGCCGUGUACAUAGCAGAGUGCAUCGCGGGCACAGCAGUGGCGGUGUACGGCUCCUACCAGAACUAUGUGGGCCAUAAGGGCUGUGCGUUGAUGCAGGCCAACGCACGGAUGUGCGUGGUGAUGUACGUGAGCUGUUGUUACUACAUAAUCACCAGCGUGAGAAAGGCACGGGCAGAGAUGCGCAGCACCAAGAAGGAGGAUUGA